AUGCAGACUUUUUUGCGAAGUAUAUAAACAUCUCGAGCGCUCGUGGAACCGCAGCUGGAUACCACAUUGACGUUAUUCGGCGUUCCGGUUCGACCUGGAGAACUCAACGGGACUUCAGCCCCUUUGCUAAUUGCAUCCAGUGUAAUCCGUCUAGCCGUUUUUUAUGGAUUUCGCAUUGAGGAUAACGACGGAACAGCCACGACCUGUUUUUCUCUGCUUGACGAGCAGACGAAAAGCGAAUUUGCCUUCCUCGGCGUCCACUAGACGACCCCGAAAACCUUCCCAUUCAUUUUGUUUUCAAUGUCAAGAUUGCUUGCCACGUCUUUCAAACAUCACCAGGUCUACACGUGCGCUCUCUCCCUGUCCAGCUCCAUAUCUUCGUCUUUCACCGCUUUUUGGAUAAGACGGUUCCAAUUAUUUCUUAGUCCCGAGUCAAAGUACAACUGGUGCACGCAGCCGUGAAGUUGAUUGUGCUUCAAAAAUGGCGAGCAAAGGAGACAAGAAUUGUCGUUUGUCCAGCACACUUGUUCGCGCCGCCUUAGCCGAGUUUAUUGGCACCUACAUUCUUGUUGUCAUUGGCAACGGUAGUGUUGCCCAGUCGCAACUGACGAAUGGCAAACAAGGCGAUUAUUUCACCAUCAACUGGGGAUGGGCUUUGGGAUGCUCGUUGGGAAUCCUCAUUUCGGCCGAGGCAUCAGGUGGUCACUUGAACCCGGCCGUGACGCUGGCCCUGGCCGUGGCUAAAGAUUUCCCAUGGAAAAGGCUACCCGUGUAUUGGUUAGCCCAGUAUUUUGGAGCGCUGGUUGCGUCUGGCAGCGUCCUCGGCGUUUAUUACGAAGCCAUUCUCCUUGGAAAACGAGAUGGAAAGUUUCGAAUUAACGCCAAUUUGUCCGAACCGGAGCCUGGCUCAGCGGCCAUUUUUGCAAACUAUCCGACUCCUUAUUCGUCAGUGGUUACCGGUCUAGUAGAAGAGACUUUAUGUACAAUGAUCUUCAUGCUGAUUAUAUGCGUGGUGACGAAUGCCAAAUAUUCAAAAGUGCCGAGCUUCUUGCAGCCGCUCUACAUUGGUUUCACGUUGUUGGCCAUGGGCGUGGCUUACGGAUCUAACGGAGGCUACGCGCUAAAUCCGGCUCGCGAUUUGGCUCCCCGAUUAGUUACUUAUUUCGGAGGAUGGGGACCUCGUGUAUUUAGCUUCCGCGGCUACAAUUGGUUCUGGAUUUUCCUAGUCGGGCCACAUGUGGGUGCCCUUCUUGGCGUCGGCAUUUUUCAUACCGUUUUCUUUCUACCAGAACAGAGAGUGGUUGCGUUCGACAGAACCGAUUCACAGCUACCAAUUGUGAAUUACGAAUAUGCAAUGGCCAAUGUACCCGAUAACAAAUCAAAUGCUUUCAAAAUUACGAAACAAGAGAGCCACGAAGAAUAUGUUGGAUGCCGAGUAGUUACAGCAAUGUGAACGAUCUUCCACCGUGGCGAUGAGAUCCUCCCUGGUUAAGAGACCAACAUUUCAAACUAGGUUUACAUUUCAAUUGAGCGAGUCGUAUUU